AUGAAUACGUCCGAUACCUUUGAUGAAGGGAUUCAUGAGCCCGACGACCCACAAGACUGGAACAUUCCUGUCCCGUUUUCCGCAGUUACGCAGACCAUUCGACCAAUUGGUGACAUUUGGGCACGUGAUAAAAGUUCUUCAGAUGAGGAGCUGAGCAACGAUGCAAACUGCGACACCAGGAAGCACUAUAAACGAUCUUCGAUUAUAGUCGACGAAUUUGGAUUUAAGAUAGACCGCAGUAAGGAGCCGCUACCUUCGCCGUUCUCAGAGUCGGUAGAGAAUCGUCGUAAUUGGUUGGCUUGUCUCGAAUUUACCUACACAAAUCGCUUAGGUGUUUCAGAUACCGAUAAGGCCGAAGCGGGGGAGGAUUUGAGUUGUGAAGACUCUCUUUGGAGCCGUCUCCUCCCCAGACUAAGUACAUCCCCUCGUCUCACCGAGCUCAUUCGUGGCCUAGAAGACCGCCAGCACCCCACUGAGCGGCCCACUUGGCUGGGUGUUCCAGGCUGCAGCACAGAGCUUAGUCCGAUUGAUGGCGUCCCACACUCACUUCGCGCACAAAUUUGGCCCCGCCUAACUAGUGCCUUUGAAAGGCAACAAGCAAGUGUUGACGAUAGUGGCUACAAAAAAACGCUGCUUGCUUAUGCCGAGGUGGUCAAGUGUAGCUCCUCCAUAUCUCCGAAGAUUUCUCGUCAGAUUGAAAAGGACUUGAUGCGAACAAUGCCAAAUAACGUUUGUUUUUCUUCCACAUCUGCUAUUGGUAUCCCACGUCUCCGUCGGGUUCUUACAGCCAUCGCAUGGCUGUACACAGAUAUUGGCUACUGUCAGGGGCUGGGAAUUAUAGCAGCGAAUUUGCUUUUGCUGAUGGAGGAAGAGACCGCCUAUUGGAUGAUGUGCGCCAUCAUCGAGGACAUUCUUCCGGCGUCGUACUUUUCCGCCGACAGCCUCUUGGGCGUUCAGGCAGACCAGCGCGUCCUCUGUCAACUCAUUUCCAUCUUUCUUCCUCGUGUUGACGCUAUUUUACAGCAGCAUGACGUUGAUUUGCCUCUAAUAACCCUGGGAUGGUUCUUAACCCUCUUCUCUGGCGUUCUAUCGAUGCGCAUAAUGAUUCGUGUUUGGGAUCUCCUUUUUUAUGAGGGAUCAACGGUGCUUUUCAGGAUUGCCCUGGCCAUUCUCAAGAUAAAGGAACCGGAGUUAACUUCAGCCACAAAUGCUGCGAAUUUCUUCAACGAAAUCUCAAAUGCUCCUGGGUCCAUCAGGGACAUCACAGAGCUUUUGAAGGUGGCAUACUCCUUUGAGGAGGAGUACCUCGAUCCCACCUACAUUGACGGUCUUCGGAGGCACCAUCUGUCACAACUAAUCGUAGAAUUUGGUGAUCCAAGUGGAGAAAGCAAAGGCGAAAGACUGCUCCCCAAGCAGGCAAGUUGUUUGCCAUUUUUUCUCUCUAAACGAGAUGUCGAAGAGGGUAAACUUGGUGGACCUUUGGGUUUGUUUUGUGGCGCUUUUGGGGGCAGAGCCCACUCCUUCAUGCCACAAGAAGAUGGAGAGGAGGAGGAGGACACAAUCUUUUGCCAGAGCGAUGCAGUAGCAUUGAAAGCGCCUCCCAUGUUAGUGGCUGACGAAAGAACCAGGUAUGAGUACCGCAAACAGUUUCUCGAUCUUAAUGAGGCUGACCCCAAAAUCAAGAACAUACGCCAAACGGAGCUGCUUGUCAAUCUCAGGCAGGCAAUCUUGGCGACAGCAGUGGUACAGAAUAGGCGGGCUAAAGCGUUGGAGGACUUCGCCCGUCAAGAGAGAGACGAACUUGGUUUCCGUCGCCACGACAUCAUCACUGUCAUCGAUAUGCACGACGAACACUGUUGGUUGGGUGAAAUCAACGGUCUGCGAGGUUGGUUCCCUGCUAAGCUAGUUCAACUUCUCGACGAACGCUCCAAACUGUACUCGCCUGCCGGCGAUGAUGUCGUCUACUCUGCUGUGGGAAAUCUUGUUAGGCACGGGCUGUGCUCAUCACUGAGCGCAAUAUUCGAGUACGGGCUAAAAAGGGCUCGUGGACUGACCGACCAAAGACCGAGCCCGUGGAAAUUUAUCGAGGAAGUUGCUACAAAGGAAGCUGAACGGGAUUCGUCAUCAAUUCAUUCGCGUUUAAUUCUUUGUAAAACUUUCCGCCUAGACGAGGUGGGAAAAGUUCUCAGUCCUGAGGAGCUCCUCUAUCGGUCCAUUCAAAGCAUCAACGCGUCGCACUCCUCACCAAGCAUUUCAGACACUGCCAAAUUUCGUACACUGGUGUGCAUUGGCCUCAAUGAGUUGGUGCUACACCUCUGGCUAGAAAUCCUUUGCUCCUGCGAGGAAGUUGUCACAAAAUGGUACCACCCCUGGUCCUUCCUCCGUAGUCCAGGAUGGGUUCAAAUCAAAUGUGAGCUAAGGGUAUUGAGUCAAUUCGCGUUCCACCUAAAUCCGCUUUUGGAAGUGGGUAAUGUAGCUCGUCAACAGCAGUCUGGUAGCACGUCCGCCACAUCCGAGGUACGAAGUCUGUUCCUCGCCUCCAAGUUGCCCCUGCGUCUGCUCUCGCGUUUGGGUCUCGCGGGUUUGCGGCCGCUUCGGCAGUACGAGGGCUUUCACCAGCUGGACCAUGACUUCGGUGCUUUCCGCUGCGACAUCGAGUCGACCGGUGACAUGCUCGUUAAGUACCACCUUUUCAGUUGGGAGCUUUAA